ACAACUUCACUUUAUUUUAAACUGCCUUUUUGCCUCGCCAGUUCAGCCAGUACUCUAAAGAACCGGAACUCGAAGAUACAGGAAUAAACUGCAGUGAUUCCGCCUUACAUACAAGUUGUAGAAAGGGCACCGGCAUCACCGGCUCGAAAGAAAAAAGAAUGCCACCAUCAGAUACCCCCGCUUCCGGAUCAGUUCCACCAGGAGCAGUCGAUGUCACAACCCUCUCCGUACCACAACUCCGCGCCCUCCAAUCCCGCCUCAACUCCGAACUCGAGCAGCUCACCAAUUCACACGCGAAACUGCGCGCAGCUCAAUCCAAGUUCCGAGAUUGCGUUCGAACAAUCAACGAUGGCGUCGUGGGGAAGAAGUCGCAACAAGCAGCACAGUCAGCCGAUAAUAGUAUUCUCGUACCGCUAACGAGUUCGUUGUAUGUCAAAGGAAAGCUUGCGGAUAGGGAGAAAGUUAUUGUGGAUGUUGGCACAGGGUUUUAUGUUGAGAAGACCACCGCCAAAGCUAUCGAGUUUUACAAUAAAAAAGUCAAGGAGUUGGAAGCGAACAUAACCGACUUGGAAAAGAUCGUUCAAGGGAAAAGCACAAACUUAAAGAUUAUUGAAGAUGCACUUCGACAAAAGGUAGUGAGCGGCGAAGCCGUCACGGCUCCCUCUGGCUAAAUUCUUUCCUUGAUACUAUGUUGAAACCCCUAGUGCGACAGGUGUUCAGAGAAAAUCAAGGGCGGUCCCGAAAUAAGAAGUGGGUGGAUCAUGCAGUGUAUUCUGGCGAGAAUGGCAUAAUGCUAAAUAUGACACGAUGCUGUUAUAGCCAUGACAAACAUGUUUUCCCAUGUGGAAACACUAAGUAUGGGAACAUCAUUGAGAGACGUCGAUGUAAUGUCUUCGUUGACAGCUUUGCUUCUGCUUUGUAACAAUCCAGGAAUAAACCUCUUUAUCCUCAUGUCGAGGACCAAUUU